GCGGUCCGCUUCUGCUCCGCGGGCCGCAUGUUUUGACACUCGUGUAAGCAGCUCAAGGUUUAUUGAUAAGGCAGCAGCUGAUUGGGGGUUAGGAUCCGUCAAUCAGAGCUCGGAUCUCCGCAGUGGUGGUAGGCUGGUUGGUUGCUGAUGUAGUGUCAGUCUCCAAGUCAAAGGGGGAGAGGUCAGUGUAGCUGUAGCCUAGUUAGCAUACUGUUCUCUGGGCAAAACCAGGAAGUCAGUAAAGUUGAUAAAUAAAUACCAACCCCACUGUGAUUGUUUCUGCAGUGACCUUGAAACAACGGCAUGAGUUCCGCUGCCUCUCCGACCAUCGGGGAGUUGUUCCUCAUCCUCAGAGAGAUGGGAUUUUCAGAGGAGCAAAUCCAGGCGGCAGUGCAGGCGGGACAUUUCUCUGUGCCAGAAGCAGCUGAUUGGCUUUUGCAUGGUCAGUACCCGCGACACAAGUUGGUCAAGCAGUCGUCGCAGUCAGCUGAGACAGCUUUUUCUGCUUUCAACCCUCCCAAAGAGGCAGCCAGCACUUCUCAGUCACCUACAUCUCCCGCUGACAGCGCAGCAGCAUGUCCUUCCUUGGUGCUGAGGCCAUCUCAGCCUGGCUCCCUGUCCCCAGAUCCACUGCCGGUUGAGUCGCGGAUCAAACAGGACAAGAGUGACUUUGAAGAGAAAGAAAGACAGCGCGUUGCUCAAGAAGCGAGAGCGGAGAGAAAACAAAAGAAACAGGAGCGUGAGCUUGUGUUGAAGCGGAUAGCUGACGAUCGCAAGAGCUUGCAGCAGAAGAGCCACGCUAGCUCUGGUGCAGAGACGUCUCCUCCCAGUGGUGAAGGGCAGAAGCUCGGAGGAAAGGUUCAGACAAACCUGGAUAACAACUGCAUUCUCAUGAUUCGGCUGCCAUCCGGUGAGUCCAUGCGUGAACGCUUCUCCGCUGAUGCUCCUCUGCGCAGCGUUGUGGAGCACAUCACCGGACGUCACCCCACCCUACCCUCCUUUUCUCUCCUCCAGGGUUUCCCUAGGAAACGCUUCGGGGAGGCAGAGCUCGCCUGCUCACUGCGCUCUCUCGGCCUCACGCCGAACGCCGCACUUUGUAUUCAGACCGCUCCUCCGGAGACUCCUCAGGACCCGCCGAGUCCUGCGGAUCCACCGUCAGCAGGUCCGAUUGAGCCAUCUCCCUGUGUUGUGCCUCCCCAGGAGGUAGAUAUCCUUGCUGUCCCGGAGAGGGUGGGAGACGAGGGCCCCGUUUUACCUCCUCCUCUGCCUAACCAGCUUUGGGAAGAGGCAGUGAAUUAUGCAGGGAUACCUGGAGCUGGCCCUGCGCUGCCUUGGCCUCACGUCUGGGGGCGCGGCCAGAGGAUGGUUCCUGGAAACGCUGAGGAUCCCGUCGUAGGAGCCGAGGAGGAAGAAGGAGGAGGAGAAGGAGAAGAAGAACCACCCCACAUGCCUAACGGAAUCCCCCGGCUGCCUUUCUUCCCGGAGAACAGGCAGCAGCAGAGGUUCGAGCCCUGGCACCACUGGCCGGGGCAAGGCAAUCGACUCAGAGCGGCUGCAGAAGAAGUCGCGGCUGACCCCGAGGACGCAGGAGGUCCGGUGGCGCCCGUCGCCGCAGGCCUGGCUGCAGUGGAGCGUCUUCAAAGAGCCGCACAGCAAGAGGACCCCCACGCCUCCCAGCAGGGACAGCCGUCCCCACCCAAAAGACCCUUCCGGCCACCGAACGUGCCGACCCUAUGUGCCUUGGCCAUCCGCGCGACUGUGCACCUAAUGACAGCUCCCAGCAUGCAGUACAGCAGCAGCCUGGCGUGCCUGACCCCGGAGCUGGCGGAGCUCCUGCUCAAAUACAUGUCCAGCGAGAGGCUGCUGCGUCCACGCACCCUCGAGCUCUUCUUCGGCUGCCCGAUGCAGAAGUUCGUCCUGAACUGCUACCCUUAUUCAACCAACGAGCUCCUGCGGCAGCUGCGGGCCUUCACGGCCCUGAAGCAUCUCAGUCUGGUCAACUCCCCUCUUAUCACAGACUCUGGCCUGUCAAUCCUGUCCAGCCUGGUCAAACUCCAGUACCUCAACCUGGCCUCCUGUAGCAAACUGACUGACUCCUGCCUGCAGUAUAUCACAGGUUUGAAGAGCCUGUGUUUCCUGUCCCUGGACCAGACCAAAGUCACAGAUGCUGGGAUGGUCCUGUACCUCCAGUCCGCUCCGUCCUGCCUCUCUCAGCUCAGCCUGAACCAGACGGCAGUGACCGAAGCCACGCUUGCCGUGCUCCCCGCCUGCGUGCCACAGCUGCGACUUCUCAGCAUCAAGCAAACUAAGGUCGGGGACGUGACAGCCCUGGCAGGGAUGUCCAGUCUGCAGACUCUCAACCUGGACGGGACAGGUGUGACAGAGGAGUCUCUGGAGCAUCUCGCCACGCACCCCUCCUUGUCUAGUCUCAGUUUAGGGGGAAUCCCCGUACUGGAUGGCAACCACGCUCUUCAGAUCAUCUCAGGUCUAAAGUUGACUCACCUCACCCUCCCUGGACGCCACUCGGUGACAGACAGCGGCUUGUCGUUCCUCUCCAGACUGUGUCUGCUCUCGGAGCUGGACCUGACGGACUACACACAAGUCACGGACCAGGGAGUCAGCCAGCUCUCCACCAUGACCAGUUUGAAGAAGCUGUCGCUUAGCAACACUCAGGUGACGGAUGCGGGGCUCCCCUCCCUGCGCGGCCUGAGGGAGCUGCAGGAACUGUGCUUGGACCGGACGGCCGUCACCAGCCGAGGAGUGGCUGAACUCAUCACCUGUCUGCCGCACCUCCAGGUGUUGGGGCUGGCCAGCACUCAAGUGGGAGACACAGUAGUGAAGAGAGGUCUGAUCCGCUGCAAUCAGCUUGUUAAACUCAAUCUGAGCCGCACGCGGAUCACAGACCACGGUCUGAAGAUCCUGAAACACAUGCAUCUCGCUCAGGUGAACCUGGACGGCACAGGUGUGACUCUGAUGGGCAUCGCCAGCCUCCUGUCUUUCACCAACAUCAGCAACAUCCGGGCCAGCCACACUCGCGCCAUUCCCCCCGACGAGGUCUCCGACGAGGAGUGGGAAGCCCAGUGAGCGUCGGCCGACGGGGGCGGGCCGGUCCAGACAUAGCGCACCCGAGCACGGCUCUGACACCUGCCGCCGCCGCUGCUGUUCCCUAAACACGCCGCCGCCCAGGCUCACCUGGAGACGGCGUCACCGAAAACACUCCUCCUUAUUGCACUGUUUCAACCGCAGCUAGUGCCACUAAUCUGUCAAUCACGCACGCUACGUUGAAACCUUAAACGGGAGCCCCGCGUCAUCAGCUCCUCCCUUCACGACGUUUACAUGUGUAGAAUUAAUCACUAUUUACCUGCAUACCAACACGCGCGACUCCACAUGUCUAACGUCGUGGUUGGGUUGCACCCAGAUUAGGCCGUUUCCUGUUUCAAAGUCAAGCAGAGCUCGGAUGCACAGUUAAAAAGUAAUCUAAUUUAAUUUAUUGAUCAGGACGACAUUCAGCUUCAUGUCCAGCGUCCUGAGAAAUUCAGAGAUAUCAUAAAACUCAUCGUUUUGCUCCUUCCGUCCCAAAAGGAGGAGCUGUCUUAAGAGUCAAAACCUCCUUGUAUGGAGGAUCACUCUUGAAGUUUAACUGUUUUUGGAUUUAUAAAUUAAUCCCGCUUUGGUGCAACCCCAUCCUCAAGCUUUUAAGCUUUACUCGCAGCCUCACAGGUCGGAGGCAUUUCUCUCCUGGUCGGCAAAACUGGCAAAAAAACAUAAACUUGACGUUACAAACAUAAUCUAUAACAGCAUGUGUUUUCAGACUGUAACGACUAACAGAAAGAAGUUUAACUAAAACCCGAGCUGGAUACAGUUUGUUUGGGAGGGAAAAAAAAAACCGAUGAGAUCUGCUUCUCAUCGAGUCCUGAACUGUAUUCGUGUCACAUUGGAUUUAUGAGAAGGAUUAAUAUUUUCUUUGUUAUCUUGAAUAUUAGAGUUGCAGUUUUAGUACGUGCAGACCCAGUAAAUGGCAAAGGUUUGGCCUACAGGAUGCUUGCCAUAUUAUUAGGUACGCUAGUGAAAAGGGAUGCAUGCUAAUAUAAUAGUCCUGCACUGAAUCAUCCUCCUUCACAGCUGUAGUGAUAAGUUUAUGAUAAUUUUUGCAGGAUGUUAACUGGAGUUAAGUGUUUGUUUUGCAUAGCACACUGACUGAAGCUGGGGUGUAAAGAUAAUGGAAACGUUCUGGUGCAACAAAACAAUUCAAGAGCAUUACAGACCACAGAUGAGUUAUGUUUAUAACAUCUGUGAAAUGCGUCACUUAUCACUUGUGUACCUAAUGAAGUGGCAGCAGACUAGAUCUGAGAAGCCUGUAUCUGUGUCUUACAAACGUUUAAUUGGCAUUAACAUGUCGAACAACAAAUAGUUUGACUUCCACAAUUUGACACGAACACAGCUUUUGUCAUUAGCUUUAGAAAAGAUGGCUGACUUAAUUCAUCAUGAUUUUAUGGACCGCCUGCAAAUUUGUUUUGACAAAUAGCAUCCUGGUGAUGGACUGGCCUCAGUUCAUUUUCUUUGUUAGUUAUACCAAUAAAGGCCAGUUAUUUUUUUGUUAUUAUUUUAGGAGCCCAGCCAUUUUCAGCUGUUUGUGAGCAGCAUAUACAGUUUAGUAUAAAGGCUGUAAUCUAACGUAUGAUCUAUGCAGCCACGUGGCUCACAGACAAAACCCAAAGCAACUUCAAUGUUUUUCCUUCUUGUUUACAGAGAUGUAAAGUAGUUUAUUUUCCCUAAAAACUUUUGAUUUUUGGAUACAAGCUCUGUAUUCGUUUACAAUUAACAAUAAAUUCUUCAAGCUAAA